GGUCCACAACCUCAAAAUUCAGUUAGCAGACACGGUGUUCCACAACCAUAUAUGUCAAUCAACAAGUCAUUCAACACAAAUGAUGUUCCACAUCAACUCGGAGGUCAUAAGGGGCAAGCAUCUAUUAGGUUGCAAGAUAAAAACCGGCAGUUUCAUGAUACAUUGCAAGCUCACUCACCUCUUUUAAAUCAUGCAAGAUGGGUACCACAAACUGAGAGUGAAGUCAACUCCCCACAAAAUGGAGGAAGAUGGUCAUGAAGUCGAUUCCCCACAAGUUGAUAGUGACACAAGUGAUUCUCAACAGGACGAGAACAUUGAUUAUUCACCUUCUCAUGGUACAUUCGAUACCCGAACUCAAUCUAGAACCUUGGGUGAAACUAAAAAAAGGCGAUUGAACAAGGGAAAGUUCAUUUUUGAAGUUGAUGAAUAUGACAAGCGUAUAGUUGGUGAUGACAGCCAAAGAUUCAUCACUAAGGGUGGGUGUGUUAUGCGUAAGUUUGCAAAAUUUGAUGGAACCACUUGGAGAAAUCAAGAUGAUAUGUUGAAGAUAGACAUCAUCAACAAAUGCACGGAAAAUUCAACUUACGAUCCCAAUUGUCCGUUGAUGGUACAUGCAAUACACUCACAGCUAGCAAACCAACAUAGAAGCAAACAGUAUAGGUUGCAUUGUUAUUACAAAAAAUUCUCUACACAAGAGGAUGCAACCAGGCACCCCCCUGCAGGUAUUGAAGGUGCUGAUUGGGAAUUACUCUGCAAAAAGUUUGCUAGCGCAGAAUUUCAGAAAGUUAGUGCUAAAAAUAGGACAAACAGCUUAAAGAAUGAAGUUCCACCUGCUGUUGGGACGGUUUCCAUUGCAAGGAUCGUUGAUAUGCGAAGAAGAGAAGGAAAAGAAAUAUCAGCAAUAGAUAAGUACAAGAUUGGCCACUUUUCAGCAAAGAAGAAGAAAAUGGUGAAUGAGAAGGCUGACGAUAUAUUGAAUGAAUUGUUACAUGAGAAAGAAUCUUCCACUUGCUCACCCGCUGAAAUUUGUAUAAAAGUACUACAUUAUAUCCCGGGACAUACAAAUGGACGUUCUGUUUCAGUCAAAAAGGUUUUAGACUCAGAAAACCUACGAAUGGAAUUGGAGUCAGAAAAGGAAAAAUCAAAAGCCUUAGAGGAAGAACUUCAUGUUGUGAAACAAAAGCAAACGAAGUAUGAAGAGAACCAAGUUGUAAUAAUGGCAGAGUUAUCACGUCUAUCCAAACUACAAUCUCAAAAUAGUUGAUUGGUUGAGGGGUAAAAUUCCAUGUCAGAAGUCAGCCUGGAUGAAGUUCUGACCAUAUUAUAAUUUAGUAUUGAUUUGUAGUGAUUGAGGGGUAAAUGCUUUAGUAUUGAUUCGGUAUGAUACGGAGAUGGUAUUUUCUCUUUGGUAUUGUUAUAAUGUUGAUAUUGUUAUUUCUGUUAUUUCAAUGAUAUAUAUUAUACAAAUUUAUUGUUCAAA